GGCGGGAGAUUCAAGAUGGCGUCGAAGAGAGGACUUUACAAACCGGCAACUUUGCAAGAUGUUGGUAGCAAAGAACAGAGACGAGGUCUUGCCCAGGGUCGUCUCGUCAACAAACCUAUCCUGCCAGACACGAUGACAGUAUUUGCAUCACCGAGAGACAUCAAUAUGAACAGUUUUGAUACAGAAACAGGAGAUUUAUCAGUGACCAUUCCACAUUCCGGUUACCCCUUGCAGGGAACCACAACUCCCCCAAGACAAGUAAUGGCCAGCGUUAUGACUAGAAAUAGCAACCGGCUAACCCCACAAGACGUCACCAAUUCUGGUACACCGCGAAAGUCACCGUUUGGAAUUGUCGGCAAGCAUCCCUCCCCACCCACCUCUCCUUCCAAGCCCACCCCUUCUGCCUCAUUGGAACUGUCCGACACAGAGAGAGACCUGUACUACACGAGGUCCAAGUCCCAGGUCAAGCAUGUGAGGCAUCAUACACCCUCGCCAGUCUUACUCGUAGACGCAUCGGGAGGUCGCCUCGACCCUGAUAGGUCAGAGGUCAUGACCAGCACAGACUUUGUGACCUCGCCCGCAAAGGUCAUAUGCCAUGCCCCAGCCGUUGUUGCAAGUGAUCUCAGGGACACUGGCUACACUCAGGAGACGGCCAAGAUCAGGGUUGACCCUGUACCAACAGUUAGCCUUCUUGGUGACCUUGACAUGACCCAGGUCAACGAGGGUGGAGAGUCAACCAAGCACGGCGUUGGUGGCUCACAUGGUGGAGCUAGAACCCCACUAGUUGUAAAGGAGAACACAAUGGCAGGUGUUUCUCGUGGAAGGGCCCCCUCUAUUGGCCGUGAUAGCUCAAGAGGGGAGGAAAACACAUCAGUUAACAGUGCCAAGUCAGAUUCUGUUAUUAAAAAGAAAAAGAAAACCAAGGCCACAGGAAUAGUACCCUCCAGAUACAUGCAAUCAGCUUCCAAGUCCGUCCAUUCCACCUCGGUGGGGGAAUCAAGCUCUGUGCCCCCACGACCAAGAGUCUCCUCAACCGCUCUGCCAUCCAGGUUUGGUCUCGCUAAGAAAGCGUCUCAAAAGAGUCACACAAAGCGUACAGUCAGCACUUCAGUGAUGCAGCAAGCCCCCACAGCCAAUCAGAAACCCCUCCGCGCACAAACCAACCAAUCACAGUACAGUUACACCCCUAUGGCGCGUGGGACACGCAGAGGGGGCGGUAUAACGUCAACUCCGGCUGUUGACGAGUCGAUGAUCGCUAACAACUGGGAUGCAUCUGCGAUUGGCGCAUCGAUGAUCCAAGGCCCCGAUGUUUCCAUGGGAAUGGCGCCCUCUGGUGACGUGUCUGUCUUCCACUCUAAUCUAUCCCAUUCCGCAGGCCAAGACUCGGCGUAUGUUUCCCUCCCAACGCACAAGAAGAAACGCCACCCUGAUAUAAGCCAAGACUAUUUAGACAGAGUGUACGGUCGCUACCUCCAGGCUGUUUUCAUCGAUUCAAAGUUGGAGAAAACAUUAAAGGAACAGGAAAAGGAAUCGAUGUCUCAGAUUUACGGGCUGUGGCAUGAGAACGAGCGAAUGAGAACCAAGAAACGAAACUUGGAGAUGGAGUUAAAGAGCGCUCGCCAUGCCAACAAUCUAGACCAUCACCUUGAUGUACAGAUUUCUGGUGUGAGUCCCGUCGUUGCCCACCUGAGCCAAUUGAAACAGCAGUACAGCACCUUGGCACAUGCCCUGGACACAACUAGACACCAGCUGGGCGUCACUGGAAUACAUGUACCACAAGACGAAGACAACUUUCAUGAAUCUCUCCUGAGUGCCCUAGCAGAGAGUGAGCAUCUUCUGGGUGAGAUCAGCGUAGUAACCCGAGCCCAUCAACCCCAAGUCUCUUCCUUCUCCAGCGCCAUUCAGGCCUUGCAGAAAGCCGUCGAGAAUGAAGAUAAGGAACUCAAGAGAUGUCAGGAGAUGCUGUCAGCGACAUGUACAUUGGCAACACAGGAGAGUUCUUUACGCAUUCAGGAUAUUGAACAUUGAGGGCGCUAUACUUUCCCCAUGAUCAGCCAUCAGGGAGGUGAACUUAAUUGUAAUUAAAAAUUACUAUAUUCCCUUCAGAUGUCAGGAGAUGCUGUCAGCGACAUGUACAUUGGCAACACAGGAGAGUUCUUUACGCAAUCAGGACAAUGGACAUUGAGGGCGCAUUUUUCGCAAAUACCCCUUGCGCAAGUGCUAAAUGUUAAACAUGUUAAAUGAGGCCCAUGCUGGUCUAGCUAGCGAUCAAACUUGAUCACUAGUUAAAUCAACAUGUACCCCACUCCCCCUGACGCGCUCAAACAAAGUAUUUGCAAUAGGAUCUAUGACGAUGCAACAUACAUAGUAUACAAACUUACGAACAUGUGUUUUUCCUUAAGUUAAGUACCUAAAACACUUGUACAGAAACAAAUAUUUUGGAGAAAGUUUGUUUGAACAGAACUUGAAAAUGUGAACAUUUAUUUUACUUCUGAAAUCAAAAUGCUUAAAAUAUGAAAAUAACUUAUAAAUCUUAUGGUUUAAUUAAUGUUUUGAGUAUACAAAAAGAUAAACGUAUAUUUAAGGAAUUAUUUCUAAUCACUUACUGAAUGAUUUACAGGUCUGAUAUUUGGUUCUAGUAAAGGCAGAAAGUUUGUCCUCAGUAAAGGGUGCUUUUCAAGGGCACCAAGGCAAUGAUCAAGGAUCAUGGGGGGCAAUUGCCUCCAUAAGAGUCAGUGUGGUACCAAUUAGGAAAUUACUGUAACAGCUAAAUGACAUCAUUAAAUUUUUUUAUGAUUUAACCUUUUCUGCAAAAGCAAUUCUCAUGAUGCUUAUUUGAACAAAUUAUUUUGAACCUUUUAGAACUAUUUAUCGGCAAGGAAUACGUCACAAGAGAUGGCAAAACCCUUUAUAGUUUAAACAUAGUGCAAAACUAGCUCUAUAACAAAAAAUGUAUAUAAAAUAGCUACCUACUUAUACUUUUUGUUAGUAUCUACAAUAAAAUUAAAAGUAAAGUGAUAACAAAGAAAACAAUGUUUUGAUUGCAGGAAUAAUGUGUCUGUCUGGUAUUUGUGAUUGCUCUGCAUUAAGGUUUGAUUUAUUCUAAAAAACUGAAAAAUCACCAUGCGUAUGUCCAGCAUUUUUAUCAAAUUCGGGUCAAAAACUGAAAAAUAUC